UCGUUUUCCUCUCCCUCGGGCUUGCAAAAGGCUCUUUGCUGUCGCCUUGCCCCUCUGCCUCCGCAGCUCGUUUGCAAAAGUCUUCUUUGGGUAACUGGCUUUAAUGAGAACUUCCCCUGGAGUUCCCUGCCCUUUGUAUGCUGCGAGAGAGGUUCCCCGCGCCUCUUUUUUCUCUGCCCUCCGGUCUUUGCGAGGGCGGGAGGGGCCAUUGCUGCUGCUGCUGCCACCAUGAAACGUGGGAGGAAGAAAGUUAGAGGCCCCGAGGCGGGGGAUACCCUCUGCUGCUGCGAGUACCUGGAUCGGAAGGGGCAGAGGAGCCACCUGGCGGCGUGUUUCUGUGAGUGCGAGGACCUCGACGAGGGUUGUGAAAGGUGGCUGACUUGCAGAUCUUUGCCCCCGGGAACUCUAGAGAGAAUUGCAGACACCGUCACAGACCGCUUUCGCCUCCCAUGGCUUAGGGGGGCUGUAAAGGUCGAUAUCAGCCUCCUCCCGCCAAUCAUCCUGUUGCCUGUUUUCCUUCACAUAGCAGCUUUGCACCUCCUCUUGGCUCUUGUCAUCCUGAUAUCACUUCCUGUACUGGUGCUGUGGUAUUACUACCUCACACACAGGAAGAAGGGCCAGACUCUUUUCUUCUUGAGUCUAGGGCUGUUCUCCUUAGGCUACAUGUACUACGUGUUCCUCCAAGAGGUGGUACCCCGAGGCCAUGUGAGCACCAGCCAGGUGAUCCUUCUCACCUGUGGAUUAAUCCUUAUGCUGGUGGCCCUGUCUCAAGCCAAGAGAGACCCUGGCUACCUUCCCUGCCAAACGAGCAGUAACAAAGCACUUUACCAAGGCAGCAACAUCAACAAUAACAGCAUCUCAAACAGGAAUGACCUGGAGAGCUCCAAGGCAGCAGCUGUGCCUGACAUUGCAAUGAACAGUUACCCUGAGGGCUAUGCCACAGUGUUGGAAGCAGGGACAGGUGGGGUCACGGAGGACUGGUGCACCAAGUGUCACUUGGUUAGGCCAGCCCGAGCUGGGCACUGCCGGAUAUGUGGCAGGUGCGUGAAGAGACUGGAUCAUCACUGUGUCUGGAUUAACAGCUGUGUCGGGGAACAGAACCACCAAGCCUUUAUCCUUGCACUCUCCCUUUUUCUGCUCACAUCAGUGUAUGGGAUUUCUCUGACUCUGGACACCAUCUGUAGAGGGAAGGCUACCAUCAAGGCACUCUUCUACUGUCCUGGUGUCUAUGGAGACUACAGUUCUGCCCUUUCGUUCACCUGUGUGUGGUACUGUACCAUUGUAACUUCCGGCAUGGGCUACAUCCUUCUCAUCCAGCUCUUGAACAUCAGCUACAACGUGACUGAGAGGGAAGCUCGAAUUGCUUUGAAGGAGAACACUGGGCGGAGGCUGUUAUGGGGAAUGGUGGUUGACACAGGCCAAUACCAUCGGGGCAUUCUGCACAAUUGGAUCCAGUUCUUGACCUUGCGCUCAGCCGAUCUGCAGCGCUCCACUGAAGACAUUGUAUGAAAGCAGCUUCCUAUCAAUCACAUUUAGUUAACUGAUCAUCCACACCUGAAGUCAUUAAGGGGACAGGUAGUUCUCAUCUCUUAAGCCAUAUUUUAAGAGCAACGUUUUCUCAGAAACAGGCGAUACUCCAAAUGCUGGGCACAAAUGACCUGGUUAUGUGGGUGACUAUGUAUGUCAGCCUCUUAAGUGCUCACCUGCUUAGCCACAGCUGGCAACCAGUUUUGGAUUAGCGUCUCAGUCUACAGUUCUAUGCGCUUGUGCCAAUGGACUGUGUACGUAGCUGUUUACAAGGAUUAUACACAUUAACUGUCAGGAACAUUCCUGACAUUAACCUGGCAAAGAGAUCACUGCUGUUGGGUUGCGGUGCUGAAGAGGUAGUGUAUUUUUUAAUUCUAUAGGUUUGAGAAACUUCAUGUGCUUGUGCGGACUAAUCUUAAUGUACCACAAGGAAGUUCAUUUGACCAUGAGCUUUAAUUUUGUGCUUGUCAAUGGUGGUGAUGGCCAUGGGUGGUAUCAAAAAGGGGGCACUUCCACCCC